CUUGCCGUCUUCCUUUCGCUUCCGGAAACAUGGCUUCUGGUGUGGCUGUCUCUGAUGGCGUCAUCAAGGUGUUUAAUGAUAUGAAGGUGCGCAAGUCUUCCACGCCAGAGGAAGUGAAGAAGCGCAAGAAGGCGGUGCUUUUCUGCCUGAGUGAGGACAAGAAGAACAUCAUCCUGGAGGAGGGCAAGGAGAUUCUGGUAGGUGAUGUGGGCCAGACAGUGGAUGACCCCUACGCCACCUUUGUCAAGAUGCUGCCAGACAAGGACUGCCGCUAUGCCCUCUAUGAUGCAACCUACGAGACCAAGGAGAGCAAGAAGGAGGACCUGGUGUUUAUUUUCUGGGCCCCUGAGUCUGCACCCCUUAAGAGCAAAAUGAUCUAUGCCAGUUCUAAGGACGCCAUCAAGAAGAAACUGACAGGGAUCAAGCAUGAAUUACAAGCAAACUGCUAUGAGGAGGUCAAGGACCGCUGCACCCUGGCUGAAAAACUGGGGGGCAGUGCUGUCAUCUCUCUGGAGGGCAAGCCUUUGUGAGCCCUCUCCAGCCCCCUGCCUGGAGCAUCUGGCAGCCCCAGACCUGCCCUAGGGGGUUGCAGGCUGCCCCCUUCCUGCCAGACCGGAGGGGCUGGGGGGAUCCCAGCAGGGGGAGGGCAUUCCCUUCACCCCAGUUGCCAAACAGCCCCCCCACCCCCUGGACCUUCCUUCUCCCUUCAUCCCUGACGGUUCUGGCCUUCCCAAACUGCUUUUGAUCUUCUGAUUCCUCUUGGGUUGAAACAGACCAAGUCUUCCCCCAGGCACCCAGUUUGGGGGGAGGCCUGUAUUUUUUUUAACGACACCCCUACUCCCCACCUGUUCCUCCCCUAUCCCAUGCUGCCAACUUCUAACCGCAAUAGUGACUCUGUGCUUGUCUGUUUAGUUCUGUGUAUAAAUGGAAUAUUGUGGAGAUG